UCAUACAGACUCAGACACGCACACGUCACACAGAUUCAGUCAGUCACAGUGUAACACACACGGACCGAGGUCGCUAAUGCUACAGGCUGAGCAAUCACAAAUACCAGCAAGAAAUCAUUGACCAUCCACCCUCCCAGCAGAAGUCAUAUAACAUAACGGAGGGAACGUCUAAGAAGUUGAUUUAAAGUCCUCUGUUGAACCAGGCCGGCACCAGCAUUUUAGACAGUCCCAACAGCACCAGAGGAAGGGAGUUCAUCUAGGAUCAGACAGUAUGCUGGCUCAGAUCCUACAGGAGAUGUGGGUGGACCCAGAGGUUCUGAAGGCCCUGAGUGAAGACCAGAGGAGAAUCUUGUUUCUGAAGAUGAGAGAGGAGCAGGUCAGACGCUGGAUAGAGAGGGAGGAGAAGGACGAGAGAGGGAGGAGAACCAGGGAACAACACAGGUCUAAAGAAGGUCACAGUAAGAGCGUGCGCUGGCUGUUGGGUCGUGAUGGAGAUGUGAGUGUGAGCGUGAUCGGCGAGGUGGAUGAAUUUAUAUCCUCCAAACUCCCCCAGACCCUUCGUACCAACACCAGACUACAGAGUACAGCAAUAAACAACAUAGUGGUUGAUCUCCAUACUGUGUCUCUACUGGCAGACAGAGAGAACCACCAAACCUGCUCACAAUCAGCCACACUGAUGCAACUCAGCGUAGACUCAGACGGCUCUAAGGACUCUGAGGAGGACCACGACUCAGGCAGCGCUGAGGACGACCCAAACGACCCCGUGGAGGACAGCAGCGACAAUGAGUCAGGCAACAGCACAGACGUAAAGGACUGGGGCCUCUGCCACAGACCCCACCACAGCAACAUCAGCCUGUCUCUACAACCCCAGCUGUCAGUCACAGAGAAGGCCCACCCACACGGCAGAGGAGUGGUGGUCAGUCAUGAGGAGGAGAGCCCAGCUUUUGGUGGUCGGGUGGCCCAGCUCAGGAGAACGUUUUCCACAUCCUCUCCCAUCGCCAAGCCCCCUGUGCCCACCAAACCUUCGCACCUGCAGCUGGUGCCCAGGUCCUCUCUGAGGUAACACUGGGGUCACCCACGGUCAACCAAUCACACAGAAGAGGUACUGCCCACCUGAAGAGCUCAUUUGAAUACCAGGUAAAAGUGACCUACGGACAGACACUCACCUGAGGAACGGUGCAGAGAAAGAGGAGCUCCGUACUUAGCCGAGUUAAAGGUGGACAUGCACAGCUGAGUGGGAGGAAUGCUUGACACUGGUACUCUGGUGAAGUGCCCCCCUCGUUGAAGGUUUGUGGAGACUGCAUGGUAGUUAUACAGUUCCACCUCUCCUUGAACCUAAAUACACAAGAGGUUUGGACAUGGUUAAUACAAGAGCUAUUUCUACAUAGUUACAUGGAAGUUUGUAUCUGAUUUGUACAUCGGGUGGAGGAAAAGGUUUAGCUUUACGUUUAUAAUCAGGAAUUAUGCAUAUUUUAUUUUCACUUUGCUGUCUCUCGUAUGUUUGUGUCAUAGGUCAAACCAUCCUGGUAUGUUUGGGCCAUAGGUCAAACCAUCCUGGUAUGUUUGGGAUAUAGGUCAAACUAUCCUGGUAUGUUUGGGCCAUAGGUCAAACCAUCCUGGUAUGUUUGGGCCAUAGGUCAAACCAUCCUGGUAUGUUGGGCCAUAUGUCAAACCAUCCUGGUAUGUUUGGGCCAUAUGUCAAACCAUCCUGGUAUGUUUGGGCCAUAUGUCAAACCAUCCUGGUAUGUUUGGGUCAUAGGUCAAACCAUUCUGGUAUGUUUGGGCAAUAGGUCAAACCAUCCUGGUAUGUUUGGGAUAUAGGUCAAACCAUCCUGGUAUGUUUGGGCCAU